AUGUUGGAUGGAAGUGAAGAUGAUGAUGUUUAUGAGGAUGAUGGUGCAACAGCAAUUUUGGUACCACCAACUUAUCGUGUUACUGUACAAAUUGAAUAUGAAGAAGGAGAACCGUUUGGAAUUGAAUUUGGUAAGAAUUUAACAAUAUUAGAUGUGAAAAAAGAAAUGCGAGCUGAUGGAAUAUUGUAUCCUGGUGAUGUAAUUAUUUCCGUAAAUGAUGUCAUUGUUGAAGAUCAGGUGCAAUUUUAUGAUUUAAUAAAGCGUUUAUUUCCAAUGGUAAAAAUAGAAGUGGAACGAAAACUAUGGAAAACACCAUUAACCGAUGUACGAGCUCGACAAAUUGGACUUGUUGCUAAAAGGCAUCAUCAAUACUUCAUUGCUUAUUUGCAUCGUAUCGAUGGAAUGAAACUUGGCUUAUCAGUCAGGCAAAUACAAAAUCAGGUUGUGGUGACGAAGUGCAAAGAUCGUAGCAUUGUGAGUAAAUGUUAUCAGGAAGGUGAUCAUAUUCUCGAUGUUGAUGGUGUUCGGGUGUAUUCGAAGGCAGAUGCAAAAGAACGGAUAAUUGCCGGUUUACGAAGAGCAUCUUGCGUUUCCACUGUUGUUGAAAGGAAAGAACCUGAAGAUCCAACUUCCAUGAGUAACCGAGUGUUACUAUUGGUCGGUGAUCGAAAUCCGAAAAUGGCAUCAGAUGCGGUAAAAAUAGGACAACGUGAAGCGGCAAGAAUACGUGCAUAUGCUGGAAAACAGUUCCCAUUAAAAAGUAUCCUACGUACGUCAUCCUACAAAUCACCUACUUCAUUGCAAUUUGAUAUGAAACCGAUGAUAAUGCGAGUGGGAAGUGAUACAAAAGAACCGAAUCGUUUGAUGCAUGUGAAAAGAAAAGAAUCAAAUCGAAAAUUUCUAAAUAUUUUAUUUGGAAAACGAAGCAAUGGUGGAAGUAAACGAAGAGAAUCCUAA